GGGAUUUGCUGGUCAGUGACAUGCCUCCCUCCGCCUGGCUCUUUAUAGCCCCUCAGGAGGUAGGAAUACCGGACGAUUGAGAGGCAGGCGUUCGGGCGGACUGAACCGGAGGCUGAUAACCCUCCGAGGCGGUGACUUGGUGGCAAGGAGAACCGGGGGACGGAGCAGAAAACCGGCUGAACCGCUACUGCCUUACCUGUCCACAGCUCUGAUUGUCGGACCACUGAGUUGAGCCCUGUGGAGACACUUCCUCCAGCUGAGGAGAUGCGUCGUCUGCCUCUGGCCUCCGUAUUCGUGUUCCUCUGGCUGGCUGAGAGGAGCCACUGCACCGGCAGCUUUCAGGACAGCAUGCGGGAGCUCCACAACCGCUUCGCUGUCAGCCUCUACCAGACGCUCACCGAGACGGAGAACCGCUCCAACCUGAUCGCGUCCCCAGCGAGCGUGUCCCUGUCCCUGGCCCUGCUGCAGCUCGGCGCCAGGGGCAACACCCGGGCUCAGCUGGAGGGAACGCUGGGAUACAACGUGAACGAUGCUCAGGUGCGAGACUUCCUGUUGCACGCCCAGGGCGACGUGAGCAACAGCAGCCAAGGGGCGUGGCUGCAGCAGACCUGCACGCUGUUCGUCCAGAGCGGAGUCCGACUCCUGGCCGAGUUCACGCAGCACGCCGCCGCCUGGGUCGACACCAGGGUGGUGCGAGCCAGCUUCAGCCAACCCGGUCACGCCCGCAGCCCUUCAGAGCCAGCGGGACACGGCCACGAUGGGUCGGGGUCUCUCCAGUCAGGAAGCAGCAGCGGGGAGCUGUCCGGCUCCGGCGAAGCCCAGGUGGAAGCCCUUUGGUGGGGACAACGGCCGCAGGUGGCACUGCUCAACACGGUAGCGUUCAGAGGCGUCUGGCAGAAGCAGUUCAUGUUCGGCAACACCCAGAACCUGCCCUUCAUCCUGUCUGAUGGGAGCACCAUCAAGGUGCCCAUGAUGUAUCAGGCUGGAGAGGUCAGCUUUGGUCAGUUCAGGACAGCGUCGGACCAGCGCUACACCGUGCUGGAGCUGCCGUACCUGGGCCGCACCCUGAGCCUGCAGGUGGUCCUGCCCAGCGAGAGGAAGAGCCCGCUGUCUUCCCUGGAAUCCCAGCUCACCGCCCGCCAGCUGGCCUCCUGGGAGUCCGGCCUGCGGAGGACCAAGAUGGACAUCUUCCUGCCCAGAUUCAGAAUGCAGAACAAGUUCAGCCUGAGGUCAGUGCUUCCUGCUCUGGGCGUCAGUGACGCCUUUAACCCGACGGCAGCCGACUUCACGGGGAUAUCAGUGGAAGAGGGUCUUUACGUGUCCGAUGCUGUCCAUGAAGUCAGAAUAGAAGUUACAGAGGACGGGACGAAGGCAGCUGCUGCAACAGCUAUGGUGCUACUCAAACGGUCGCGCGCUCCUGUUUUCAAGGCGGACCGGCCAUUUUUAUUUGUGCUUCGCCAGGUUAACACAGGUUCCAUCUUGUUUAUGGGCAGAAUAAUGAACCCAGCAGAACAAGUAAUAUAACCCUCCUCUAAGCCUUCACCCCCAAAUCGCACCAAUCUAUGCCAACCAGUUUCACCCUUGGUAUUUAUUUAAGGACCAAACGGAAGAUACAAGGACACUUCAGGAAGAGGGAUGCUAUUUUUGUAAAUACCUGUAAAUAAAAUUUUAAUAUGUUUUUA